GGCGGGGGCCGCGGGGUGGGCGCGGCGCCAUGGCGGAGCCGGCGCUGUUGAGGGAGUACGUGUCGCACCUGGCGGCCCGCGCGGCGCAGGGACAGCUCGCGGCCUGCGCCGACCCCGCGCUCAAGGCCCGGGCGCGGCGGCUGCUGGGCCCGGGGCGCCGCGGGGCCCUGGACGUGCGCGGCGUGGCCGAGCGCUGCCGGCGGGCGCGGGACGGCCGCGCCCUGCGCGACCUGCUCAAGGCUCUGGAGCUGCUGGAGCUGCUCUGCGUGAACCUCCUGCUGUGCCCCUGGCGCCGGGAGAUCCGCUCCCUCAAGACCUUCACUGGGAAUUUUGUCUACUACAUCCAGCCAGUGCUCCCAGAGGAUACUGUGAAAGCAGUCCUGGAGAAAAUAGGUUAUGUUGCAACUACAGCGACAGAGUUUUCACUUGUCAAAAACAGAAACAAUGAGGAAACAAAGCAGACUGCAUUUGAGAUAUUCCUGGCAAGAAUCGAGUGUGAAGCCAUCCUCGAGAUGACAAAUGAAGACAAACAUAGCAAUUUGGAGAAGGGCCUGCAGAAGGGAGCACAGACACAUCAGCAUCGAGAAGAGGAGGAUGAGCAGGAUCAGACACCCCGGAGAGGAGACACUGAAAGUCUGGGAAAUGAAGGGAACAGUGAGACACCUUUGUGCCUUGCUCCCCAGCAGAAGUGUUCAGCUACCUGUGCUGCAUCCUUUGAAGCUGCUGGGAAUCCGAGGAUCAAAGGGGACAUGGCUCAGUCAGGAGCUGCUGCAUCCCCCGGCAGCCUCCAGGAGCACCAAAGGCAAAGCAUCAACACUGCACACCUCCCGGGCAAGUGCUCAGACAGUGAGGACUUCCUGAUCAAAUACAGUGACAUUGUCAUAGGACAGACACCCAUCUUCAGUGAGAAUCUGUCUCCAAAGGCUCUGGAAAAGGAUCCAGGAGCCAGGCUGAGCGGGGAGUGUGCCUUGGCAGGGGCUGCAGAGUCCGCUGCGCGUGCACUGGGGCCAGCGCCUCUGUCACCAGGAGCCAGCGGCCCCCCAGCCUUUGCCAUCUUUGUGGACAGUUCCUGUGACAGCAAAACCACCUUGGAGUUUGAAGCUCCAGGAGUCCCAGAAGGAUCAAUUGAAGCAGAAAUUAAUGAUGCCAUAAAUUGCAUAGACCCAGCCCCUGGUGACGAACCCACUGAGCUGAGGUCUCUGCCCUACGACGACUUUGCCUCUGCCCAAAACUCUAGCGUCCCCAGGGAAGAGGAUGUUUGUGAGCUGUCUUUAACCUUCACAGAACUGCAAAUCAAGGAUGCUCAGGAAGAACUUACGUAUCCAGUAGAGGAAACUGGCCAGCCUGAAGCGUUGGCCUAUGCAGGAACAAGUGACAGGCAGUUCAGAGAAUUUAAUCGCUCCCAAAUAAAACAUGCGUACCUGACUGACGCAGAGCUGCACAAGAGAGCACAGACACACACGGAGCCACCUUCAGGUCUGUGCUGUACUGCUGGGCACACAGAGGAUUCCACUACUGGUUCUGACAGCAAGAGACUGUUCAUGGAUCCUGUGAAGGCACACCCAGCUCCUGAGUGCUUCAGGCACGUCAGAGAGCCCCCCAACCUCACCUACAUUCCCCCCCAAAGCAUUGAUGUGCAGUCCUCACACGGGGGCAGGAGGAGCCUGGUGCACCGUGCAGGUGACUCUGCCGGAGGUAGGGAAGGGAAGCUGGAGAACUGUAAUUCCCAGGAGACUGACAGCCAGGAGCCGUAUGUCAUCAUUGACAGGACCGACCAGGCUGCGCUGUGCCACCACACCUGACUGGAGGGCUUUACUUGUAAUACCUGGGGGAUUCUCCUCUCACCUGUGGCCUUGAUCCUGCUGUCAGGAAUGUGACUAGCUUUGUCAAAACAAUUCUAGAAAAACCCAAACCACAUCACCGCUUUCAGACAGUAAACAGCAGGAGUUACACAAACUCUUAAUGGUUCCUUUCACAAGGAAACCUGAAUGGUCACCUUUAUAAAGGGUAGGCAAAUUCUAUAAAUUUAAAUCCAUUCAGUUCAUCAGUCAAGAUUCCUUCUGGCUGUUCUUAAUGCCAGAGAGGUUUCUUCAGCUGGGCAUCCUAGUUUUCUUUUUUCCUUCACAAACCUAUCCCUGGAAUACUCUUCCAGUACAAGGUAAAUUCUUCUAAACUGGAAGACCCAGCUUUAGAAAUGCCACACUGGAGUGUACUCCUGUUAACUCUCUGCAUUACUUUGAAGCUGUGUCUGAGCUAAUCUUGCUCCUGCCUUCAUUUGAAAACAGGUUUAGAGAGUUUGAUAACAUUCCUUUAGCCUUAAAGAGGGAAACAGCUCUGUGAACGCUUGGGUUUGUAGAGGCAUUAACGUGUGUUACAGGUUUUAUAUCUCCCUCCAUUUGUAACCAAAGUAUUUUGUGGCCAACACCACGAUUUCCAAGAGAAGCCUUGAGCAUAGUAACUGUUCACUGUCACCAGCAGAGAGAGCUGCAGCUGUGGCUGCCGUUUCCCUUGCCCCUGCUCCUGACUCUUAAUUCUGCACCAGAAGUCCACAGAAUUUUUCUGCAGGCCAGUUCCCCUCACUAAAAUGAAGGGGAAAAAAAUCUCAUUCUUCACCAUUUUAAUGGCAGGAAAAAAAUCUGCUCAGAGAAGGAUCCCAGUGAGCAGCAGAGGCAGGAUCAGGGGUACCCUGCAGGUGGGAGUGCUGUGUGCAAAAUGUAUGUCCAUAGUGAAAUUAGAAUUAAGAACAAACUGCAGGAGACUGAGCUUCAAUUGUAUAGAAGCAUUUCCAAAGAAAUCGUUCUUUUGGACUCUUAGAGAAGAAAAAGUUGUGAAAGUUUAAUAGCAGAUGUCAAGAAUAUCUGGUAUCCCCCCUACAAAGAAGCUGCAAUAAGUAAGAUAAUUACUUAGCACACAAAAUCUUACUUUUAAGCUCAAAUUCUAAAGAUUUACAACAGAGCAGCCGAAUGGCAUUCCUGGGAUCACAAGCUUUAGUGCUUCAUUAGGAAAUGCUCUCUGUGCACUUACCAUUAUUGAGUUGCAGUGAUUUAGAAAAGAAACAGCUCACCAGAUGGGAGUAACAGGACAGGAGGUGCAGUUCCUGACUGGGUGUGGUUCUCUCAGUGUAAUGCGGUUUAGGCAAACCACAACCCUACAAACGCAGUGCUGUCCAAAAGCAGCACCAUCAGAUAUUGUUGCAAAGCCCCAUAACUGAAUGUUUCCAUCCUGCACUAAGUGCCUGACAAAUGUCUGUACAAAGUGAUCAAAGUGCUCACGAAGCCUUGCUUGUUCCAGCUAAACCAACCAGAACCAGUAGGGGAAAAACAUUCUGUACUUCUGGGAUCAUUCCCUGAAAAUGACCCCAAAAAGCAAUGUGAGAGCAGUCUGAGUGCUGCAUUGAAAGGAUUCCCUUAAAGGCAACACCCAGAGGGUGAAGCACAAGUGAAGGGCAACUCAGCACUUCCUUUCACAAGUCCAAGAAUGAAACCCCCACUGGUUUUCUCUACGGACUUGCCAAGUACUUACAGGUCAUAAUAAACUAAUAGUGAUAUAAACCCAAAAAA